AUUUCUUUCCAGUCCACAUUCCGGCCACACAGAGACAACGCAGCAGGCUAUUUUCUGGCGGGGAAGAACAUGCACUGGUUUCCGGUGAGUCAAAAGUCUUAACGCAUUUGAAAAGUGUUUGUGUGGCUUAAUACAUGGGAUGCAAAUAAAAUAGCUAGGUUAAGUUUUUGUGGUCACAUUAUAAGUGUAAAACGUGAGAAUCAGCCACCGUGUGAAGUUGAUUUAGUUUUUUGCAUAGUUAUCUUUAUUUAUAUGUGUUGAUCACAUGGCAAGGAAGUCACGCAGCAAGUGUAUGUUUAAAUAUUUAAAAGUCAUCUUCGCAGUGAUGUUUAAUCCAGUUUUUUUACUCGACCACCAAGAAAAACAAAUACACCAGGUCGUAAAAAUGAAAAUGUUUAAUGUUAUGACCUUGUGGUGAUCCUGCAGGUAGGGGCGUCCAUCUUUGCCAGUAAUGUUGGGGCCCGCAUGUUCGUAGGUCUUCCUGGUACAGCGGCGGCGUCAGGGUUCUCCAGCGUUAUUUACGAGUGGCAUGUAUGUACUAAAAAAAAUAUUUUUUUUUCUAGAAUUAAGGGGGCUGGAUUAAGAGUGGGAGUGGAUUUAAAUAAUUUAGUACUUAUUUAAAUGUUAAGUUUUAAGAUAUUUGAAAGAUUUUAUUUUGGAAAAAAAAAAAAAAAAAAAAAAAAAAAUAACAAUAAUACUUCUGAAUGAAUUUCUUUAAAGAACGUUUUCUUUGAAAAAAAAAUCAUUUGAAAAUACGCCCACCAAGUCCGCACGAUUAGAUUUGAUUGUAAUACUAUCUGAAGACAUGCGGCCAAAAAUUUAGUUAAGUAAAAAUAUCUAGUCAUAAUAAAUGAACCAGGUCAUUGGUAAGAUAUUAUUUAUUUUCAGGCCAUUUAUCUGCUGAUAGCGCUUGGAUGGAUUUUUGUUCCAGUCUAUGUGUCGUGUGGGGUAAGUUUUGGGUGUUCCACGUGGGGGUAAGUGGUAGGUGUGUCGUGUGGGGUAAGUGGUAGGUGUGUCGUGUGGGGUAAGUUGUUGGUGUGUCGUGUGGGGUAAGUGGUAGGUGUGCCGUGUGGGGUAAGUGGUAGAUGUGUCGUGCGGGGUAAGUUGUUGGUGUGUCGUGUGGGGUGAGUUGUUGGCGCGUUUGAUGUUUGGUGUUGUAGGUGGGGGUAAGUGGUAGGUGUGUCGUGUGGGGUUAGUGGUAGGUGUGCCGUGUGGGGUAAGUGGUAGAUGUGUCGUGUGGGGUAAGUUGUUGGUGUGUCGUGUGGGGUAAGUGGUAGGUGUGUCGUGUGGGGUAAGUGGUAGGUGUGUCGUGCGGGGUAAGUUGUUGGUGUGUCGUGUGGGGUAAGUUGUUGGCGCGUUUGAUAUUUGAUGUACAUUUGUGUGUGUGUGAGUGUGUGUUGAGAUCGAAACAUGAAAAUAUUAAUGUGCAAAAACUUUAAAGGUGAGUAAGUAUUAGUUCCGUGGUUUAAAUGGAGUACAGUUGAUAAAUUCUACGCCAAUCUCACGCAGGCCUUCACGAUGCCGGAGUACCUCAAGAAAAGAUUCGGAGGAAAAAGACUGAGAAUUUAUCUUUCUGUUCUGGCCCUCGUCUUAUACGUUUUGACAAAAAUAUCGGUAAGCUGCUCGAUUAAAAAAAAAGAGGUUUAUAAUAUAUAUACAGGUUGCGAUUAUGAAAUAGUAUUAAUUAGUAUACUCUAAUCGUCCUCUAUUUAUUAGGUUCGUAAUAUUUUUUCCUUGAAAUGCUAUCCAUGUACUAAAAUAAAUACAUAGGUGAAAUGUAGAUACAAAUUACGUGAGUUUUUUUAAGAUAUGAACAGAGCCUACAAAGUUUACAAUGUAUCCAGUUAAAAACCUCUGUUUGAAGUUAGUAUGUGUGGAGUAUGGGAGUUCACUAACAAUUGUUGCGUAAUGAAUGUAUCUCGUUUUAUUUUGCGCGGCGUUUUAAAAAAGAUUUAUUAGUUAAUGAACGCCUCUUCCCUGCAUUGUACUUGGUGACGUAGUUUCAUGGUAAUUAUGACGUAUUGUCUAUUCUUUCCUUUGGCGUUUGUGUUUAUUUCGUCAGCACUCUUCAAAGAACCGUGUAGGGCAGUGGUUCUCAGUCUUCUUAAAUCCGCGACCAUUUAAUACAGUUCAUUAUGUUGUGGUGAGCCCCAACCAUAAAAUUAUUUUCAUUACCACUUCAUAAAUAUGUAUUUUCGAAUGGUCUUAGGCGACCCAUUUGUAACGAGUCGUUCGACCCCAAAGGGGUCGCGACCCACAGAUUGAAACCCGCUGUUGUAGAGGAUAGUUGUGUAGUUUAUUCUCGCUGAUAGCAUGCAGUACUAGUUUGAUGAAAUGUACAGCAUUUUAAAUAUACUUACAGGCUUAAUUUACUUUACUAGAGGGAAAGGACUUUUGUUUAAUUCGGUGCAUAUGACAAAUGAACUUGUGAAGAAUGUGAUGAAUUAAACCAAUGGCCGGCAAAAUCAGCAGCAGGACGAUUAAAAAAAAAAAAAGUUGAGAGCCAAAUUUCUUUUCAAGAACCAAUUUUUUCGGAGUCAAAACCAAUUUGUGGCUGACUGGCCGAGCCGCACUCAGGUCACUGAAGAGCCACAUGCGGCUCGCGAGCGGUGGUUUGCCGACAUAUGAAUUAAACCUAUCAAAUAUACUAACGUUUGGAAGGUAUACAUUUUUUUUUCAUAGUAGAAAGCCUUUCCAAUACGGUGUCUGGAAACCCAUUUGGAGUUGGAGUCGAAGCAUACUUUAGUUGGACUUUGUUAAGUGACAAUAGCGUAAACCUCCUCAUUGUGCUGGGAAAUCUUUUCGCAGGCAGAGAUUUUCUCCGGUGCCAUCUUCAUGCAGCAGCUGCUAGGGUGGAACAUGUACGCUUGCAUAGGAGUCAUUCUGGUCGUCACCACACUUUACACAGUCGCUGGUGAGUUGUGUACUGUACUCAGUACAGUCGCUGGUGAGUUGUGUACUGUAAUCAGUACUGUAGAUGGUGAGUUAUUUAAUGAGUUAUGCAGCUGGUAGGUCAUGUACUGUACUCAGCACUGUAGCUGAAAAGCUAUGUAACAUAUUCACUGCUGCACACUGUCCCGCACAGUAAUGAAAUUACGCCAUCAAUUUGGGUCUGAGAUUCGGAUGAAGCACAUUAAAAAGGCUCGCUACAUUUUAGUUGUGCCGUUUGAAGAAAAAAACGAAACAAUAACAAAAAAAAAAUGAAUGUUGACUGAAUAUGGACAAAAUGGAUGAAUGUGGACUGAAUUGAUGUAUGUGGACUGAAUGUGGACUGAAUGGAUGAAUGUGGACUGAAUGGGGAAAUGUGGACUGAAUGGGGAAAUGUGGACUGAAUGGGGAAAUGUCGACUGAAUGGGGGAAUGUGGACUGAAUGAUUGUAUUUUCUGAUAAAGUGCUAAAAUUUUUUCGAAUUUUUUUUUGUUGUAUUUAUCACAAUUCAUUUUUUUUUUAGGUGGACUUGCAGCUGUCAUCUACACAGACACUCUCCAGACCAUCAUCUUGCUGAUUGGUGCGGUCAUUCUGUUUGGUAUUAGUAAGUGUGCACCAAGUAAAAAUGACGGAAAAUGUCACACAGACCUCUCACUGCAGUUGUUUGACCAAACAAUGAUGUUAUUUUUAAAAUUAAUGAUUUUUUAAAAUGCAUUGUCUUCAAAGUCAAAGUGACCUCUUGCACACAGACAAAACGUUCACAUAUUUAGUUGAAUGUAUUAGCAGGCACGAAGGUCCGUGACCUUGCUGUAAGGAUUAAAAAAAAACCGUUUUCAGUGUUAUUUCUUAGCGUAACUAAAGAAUAUGUUAGGGGCUAUUCAGUGUGUGUGGGUGUGUGUGUUUGUGGGGGGGGGGGGUACUGGGUGGUUGGUGGAGAAAUCACUCGUUUACAACGUAGACGCUUUGGGCAGUGGCUGCAAAUGGAUAUGAUCUAGAAAUGCGUCUGUGUACAAUAGGCCCAUCCCAUCUUUUGUUUUAGGCCUCUGACUCUUGUGACCACCCCUCCAAAUGAUGCCAUAUCUCUUUCCCAAGAAAAAACAACAACAAAAGUUCUGUACUCUCAUCUCUGAGCUGGGCUCCGCCAUUUGAAAACAAUAUUUAACUAUGGUGUGUCUUGUGUCAAUCCAUUAGCAUUUAUGUGUGUCCACCUUGGGUUAUGACACACUCAAUUUUUGUUGUUGCUGUUGAUACUAAUAUGACAGCAGGGCCGACCCUAACAAUUGCGGGGCCCUAUGCGAAACGGAAUGCGCGGGGCCCAGUCUGGGUAGGGAUAAGGAUAAUAAGUGAAAAUUAAGAUUUUGUAUUAGAAAAUAAAUUAGCGCGGGGCCUAUGAAAGUGCGGGGCCCACUGCGGCCGCAUGGGUUGCAGUGGCCUAAGGUGACAGGAGGGUCUUGAGGUCACAAUAAUCAAGAUGGGAGCUGGGGUACUAAAGGUGUCACAUAUGAUUCUAAUGGGCAGUGUGGACCAUUUAGGUUGCCCUGAUAUUUCAACAGGUCGUCUGGCCAGGAAUGGGAGAGUGGGUGUCCAUCCUGUAAUGUUGUAACGUUAUGGACAAGUACCUGGUAUUUAGAGAUCAGAGUAUGUGACGUUCAAUCAGUAGAAAUGGAAAAUGAGUAAAUCAAAGUAAGGUCAAACCUGAAAAAGGAGCGCAACAAAACAACGAACGUGUAGCCAGGAAGCCUUCGUCAGCAAACAAACAACUAAAAAAAACCAGAGUAAAUUAAACAAAAAAUUUCACUUAGCUGAGAGGUAGUAUUCGUAGAGGGCAGCUAAAGAAAUGAGUAGAAAGCAGGACACAGCUGUGUUUAUAAUUGGUUAAGGAAAUUCCGCCAGGUAGGAGUUGUGAGAGACAGUAAGAACGAUUCUUGAAUGUAUUUUUUAAUACACAUAUCUAAGAACUAAGAAUACGUGGUCAAAUGAAUUCUAAGUGAAUUAUGUUUGAUCUGAUGAAUUUCUACAACUUUGGAACUGCUGUGACAAAAAAUAAAAAAAAUAUUGACCGUGUCUUUGAAAGUACCUGUAAAGACUAUCAUUAAGUCCUGAAAAUGUAAAGCUUUGACUGGUGAACAUUUAGAAAAUCUAAUGAGGCCAGAUGCUACUGAAAACUGCCUGAAAUUAAGAAACUAUAAAGUACUAUUCAAAGCCAUAUAUUAUAUCAUUAAAAUUAUUGCCACCGAUUUUGGUAACUUUAUUUAUAUUUUAGAUAAGCCUAUAAUGUUAUUCUUUAUGUUAUUGUAUAUAUCAUUCUUUAUGCAUAAUCUAAAAAGUAGUAAUAGUGUGAAUAAUUUUCCAAAAAGUAAAAAAAACCCCACCAACCUUUGAGAUGCCGUGAGCGGCCCGGCAGAGAACUCAUUUCUUUGUCAAAAAGGUUGGACAGCGAUGAUGUAGGCUGUCCAUCUGUUAGCCUGGCUUUCCAUCUCUGCUUGUUCCAUAUUGUUUAACUUUUUAUCCGGUCCCAAUAAAGUCAUAAAAUCAUAAAACCACAGCCAAAUCACACAAGUUUCUUAUUUCUAUCACUCUUGUGCCAACCCAUGCUAAAAUGAUUUUUAUUGCCAAUGGUAUCAUAAAAAUAAAUCGGAAAUUAAUUUUUAUACACACAUAAUACAUAAAGUAAUACAUAUAGUUGAAUCCAUUGAUGACAGAUCGAGCUGAACUAUUUUAUCCCGGAAAAAUCGAUCUUUUAGUAAAUAUUUAAUUCUAAAGAAGUGCAACAAAUAUGAUUUGCAUAUCAGAUCGUCGGGCGAAACUGUGGGAUAUAUGCUUGUGAUUUGAUGCACUGUUUCUCACUGCAGCUAUGACUGACAUCGGUGGAUGGAGUGCCUUCAUUUCACUCUAUGCAACAGCGGCCUCGAACAUGACGUUAAGUGACCCCGUCAAGUACGCCUGUGGACUGCCCAGACCUGGUAAGACAUCUUUUGUUAGUAUUUGAGACGUACGGUAUAGCAUGAAAUUGCUGAGAUGCUGGGUCGGCCCUACGGUUGCUGGCGACCCUGGCAAGCUUAACUUUGGUGUCACUUUUAAGUAUAAUCAUACAAUUUUUUGCAAGGAAAACAAAAACUAGGGGUUAGGUAAUGAGUUUAUUACUUAGGCUUUAAAAAAUUACAAUGAUAUUGGAUUUUUAAACUUGUAUUUGGACAGUAUGAACACUUAGCCCACCGAUGACAGUAUGAACAAUUAGCCCACCGAUGACAGUAUGAACAAUUAGCCCACCGAUGACAGUAUGAACAAUUAGCCAACCGAUGACAGUAUGAACAAUUAGCCCACCGAUGACAGUAUGAACAAUUAGCCCACCGAUGAUAGUAUGAACAAUUAGCCCACCGAUGACAGUAUGAACAAUUAGCCCACCGAUGACAGUAUGAACAAUUAGCCCACAGAGGACAUUUUUUUCCAGCCUUAGAUCAUCAUUUCUUUUUUUUGGACGUUCUAUUUUUGUCCAUGGUGCUCACAUGCCAUGCCUUUCCUUUUUUUUUGGAAGAUCGUUGAUGGCGCCUUAAUCACAUGGCGCCCCGGGCAACUGCCCGAGUUGCACGGUACCUUCAGCCGGCCCUGCUGAUAUGAGACUUCUAAUCCUAAAAAUCUGUCACAAUGUUGAUUUCAAUAUAUAUCUUACAGGCAAAGUGUGUAAUCCAGGCACAAAUGCCUAGCCAUUCUAUAGAAUGCCUGACGAUUCCAGUCAACAUAUGUAAUACAUAUAGACAUUAUACACAUUGCCUAGGCAUUCUGUAGAAUUCCUGACUGGACUUAGGGGCCGUUCGCAAAUUACGUCACGCAAAAAAUGACCUUUUUAGAUCCCCCUCCCACCUGUCACAAAGUGUCACUAAUUCUUUACCCCUCCACCCCCACCCUUAGCCUUUAGUGUCACGUCACGCCUAAAAAAAUCAAAACAUACAUACAAUUUUCAUAAUUAAACUAAGAUUAUAUUUUAUUCUUUAAAAUUUUCCCAUAAUGAUAAUGAAUUAAGAUGUAGUAUUAUUAGAAAUAUGUGACGCGAAACAACGAAGUCACCCCCGCACCGAACGUAAAAUGGCCACAACAGUUUUUGCGCAAAAGUUGUGCGCGACUGAAGUUCACGUUGCCUGUAAUACAUGAGGCGAUUUCGACCUCAAAUUGAUGUUUUUAGAGUUAAUUGAAUAAAAGAUUUUUCAAAAAUUGUAAAGUUUAUAUUUAGAAGAAUUAAAAAAAAUAUAACUGUGACGUCACAAAUUCUCUACCGCCCCCUCCCCCCCCCCCCACUUCUGGGCGUUAUGCAAUUUGCGAACGACCACUUAAGUAAAGAAUACUACAUCAUAAAUGGGAUUGGAGGUUUUAGUUUUAUAAAAAAAAAACAACAGGGAAAAAACAAAAUUUUAAAUAAACAGUCUGUCAGAAGUUGUCCAGAUUUGUUUCGUUUAUUGCAAGAGCCUGAAUUAGAAAUAUAUUUGUUGACUUAAUUCUUUAUAGAAAAACUGAACAGAAUAGAUACGUUAAUAAGGACUAUAAGGUAAAAGGAGUAACUUGAUAAAGGAUCAACAAAUAAAACCCGCUUACGACAAGAAAUGUAUUGACAGAGAGCCUUCUUUAGCUAACUAAAAAUUUUUUUUUGGUUCACUUAAAGAUUCUUGCAGACACUUCCGUUUUUUUUUUGUUUUUUGUUCUCGUAGCGGCGUCUAAGUGGGGACCCCAGGCUGCGCCUUUUCCCCCUUUAUACGAAUAAGGGGGGGGGGUGAGUGGUAUUUUUGGCCAACUGGAAUCGUUGGAGGGGGUGGCACAAAUAUUUUUUCCGCCCCCCCCUGCCCCCUGUUGGCAUUUACCCUGGCUACGAAACCUGCCUACCGAUGACCCACUGAUGAAUUGCUCACAGUAAAAUGAGGACCUACCGACCAGCUUCGAUACUUCAGCCUAUGUAACUUGACGAUACAAGCCAAGAAUGCUCCAAAUUUUAUUUUAAAUAUCUGAUGAUAUACUAAUGCGAUACCGUCCAAGCUCUGACGGUUCACCUUAGGGUAAUCGGAUGACCUAAGCCCUCACUACUCUAUUCCCACCUUAGAUUACAUGCAUAUUUGGCGAGACGCCCUGACAGGUGACAUCCCUUGGCCAGGUGCCAUAUUUGGAUUGACCCCAUUAGGAAUAUGGGUGUGGUGUACUGACCAGGUAAUUAAGGAUUGCUUUUAAUUCUAUUUAACUCAUCGAAUUCUCCUUGGUUUCUUUUGGACGAUAUGGCACGUCUUACUUUUUUAAAGUAGACAUUUGAGGUGUCAUUCAUUUUUUUAACCUGGCCAAAUAAGACAUUUGAUAUCACUUUUUUCCAUAUCAGCUAUAACGAAAUAUAAGAAUUUAUGAUAGUGAUAUCUCCUAUAACCAGUUUCUAGGUAUGUUUGAAUGUAUGACUAUUACAAUGUGUUCAAUAGAUGCACACCAUAAAAUUUACGAAAGCAAGCACUAAUUGGUGGGUUUUUAUACUUAGCGUUACUUGUAUCCAUAACUUGUCAAGUAACUUUAUAGUAGAUAAGAGUUCAUGCAUUGCUGCCGCCAUUGUUAGACGAGUUUUAUUUCUUCUAGUGUUUAAAGUUUUUCCGCAUGUUGGCUCCCGUUUAAAGAUGGUUAUAAUUUUUAUGUUUCUGUCCAAAAGAUUAUGGUCCAACGUUGUCUGGCAGCCAAGAAUAUCAGCCAUAGCAAAGGUGGCUCCGUGUUUGCCGCGGCACUAAAGAUUCUGCCUUUUUUCUUGUGGAUAGUUCCAGGGAUGAUAAGUCGGAUACUCUUUCCUGGUGAAAAAAAAAUAUAUAUUCCACAGUCUUUAUGCAAUUGAAUAUCUUGAUGAACUUCCUUGUCUUGAUGUUCUUCCUUGUCUUAAUGUUCUUCCUUGUCUUAAUGUUCUUCCUUGUCUUGAUGUUCUUCCUUGUCUUGAUGUUCUUCCUUGUCUUGAUGUUCUUCCUUGUCUUAAUGUUCUUCCUUAUCUUAAUGUUCUUCCUUGUCUUGAUGUUCUUCCUUGUCUUAAUGUUCUUCCUUGUCUUAAUGUUCUUCCUUGUCUUGAUGUUCUUCCUUGUCUUAAUGUUCUUCCUUGUCUUAAUGUUCUUCCUUGUCUUGAUGUUCUUCCUUGUCUUAAUGUUCUUCCUUGUCUUGAUAUUCUUCCUUGCCUUAAUAUAGUACUCACAUGUAUUAUCGUACCUCCAUGUCUUGAUGCACUUCUGUGUCUUGAUGUACUUCCAUGCAUUGGUGUACUUGCAUGACUUGAUAUACUUCCGUAUGACGAUGUCAACUCACACUGUGCUGCAAUGACUGUCAAGGUUUCUAAUAUCCCUUACAACGUUUUAAGAUGAAAUAGCGUGCUCGGACCCCGUCACGUGCAAAUCUGCCUGCGGCAACGAGGCUGGGUGUUCUAACAUAGCGUAUCCUCUCCUUAUCAUUCGAAGGAUGCCACAAGGUAAGACAACUGUGUCAACUAAGCUGGUUGUUCUCACAUCGCUGAUUGUCUCUUUAGCAUAAGAAUGCCUCUGGGAUGUGAUAACAAGUGCUACGGGGUUAGCAUACAAUGAUUAUAUAUCACGUGAUAAUUCACUUUUUAAAUAUUUUUGUUUCGAAUGGAUAACGGAGGUGGGUUCGUGUCUUUUGCCAGCAUGGAAGCAAAUAAAGUCCCAUUUCCAGUCACAUGGUGUCGCACUUAUUCGACCCAACCGGCGAAGGCGUAUUAAAGUUUUGGUGUGCCUGGCCAAGCUUCGAAGCUAAGAGAUUGUGUUUGUUAAAUUAAAAAAAAAAAAUGGGUUAUCCGUGUUUUUCAAGCUAGCUGUUCCCAUUUAACGAAACAAUUUAUCAACUCUUCAGAACAUCAAAUGAUGAAUAUAGCUUGGCUCUAGGUGGGGAAUUUUCAGUUUUUAAUCUGACUAAAUUCGUCAUAAGAGUGAUAGAAGAGUGAUAUAUGAGUAAUAAAAUAGUAACGUGAGAGUGAUAUAAACGUGACAUAAGACCUGUGUCUUGUGGACGGCGCUGGCCAGCGAAACAUCCGAUUUUUAGAAAAACAUAAAAUGUGUCACAUAAAUUUAAUAAUUAGUUCCAGUGAGUGGUUGAUUAAAAACAGGGACCCUAUACCUCCUAGCAUUGCAGCCUGGUCCCAGAAACUCUAGCCCAUCUGUUGACCGAAUGUCCCUCACGAGAUGUUUCAGGGGGGGGGGGAGCAGGGUGGCGGGAGAGUCCUACCAGAGGAGAAUAUUAUAUGGCUCAAUAAAUUGAAAAAGUAGUUCCAGUGAGUGGUUGAUUAAAAACAGGGCCCCUAUACCCCCUAGCAUUGCAGCCUGGUCCCAGAAACUCUAGCACAUCUGUUGACCGAAUGUCCCUCACGAGAUGUUUCAGGGGGGGGGGGAGCAGGGUGGCGGGAGAGUCCUACCAGAGGAGAAUAUUAUAUGGCUCAGCUCAAUAGAUGAAGCUGGUAGCAAAUGUAUUACCCGGGGGCAUACGAGAGUAAUCUCAGACCUUCACCAGAACAUGUGUGUUAGUGGAAAGGAGUAAAAAAUAUGCUUACUGGAGCGUAUUUUUUUGUAUGCCCAAGGCCUCCGUGGUGUUAUGUUGGCCGCCCUCCUGGCUGCCCUGAUGAGCACCCUGACUUCAAUCUUCAACUCUGCGAGCUCCAUGUUCACGAUGGACAUAUGGCGGCGGUUCAGGAGGAGGGCGCCUCAAGCUGAACUGAUGAUCGUCGGGAGGAUCUGUGUCCUGGUGCUGAUUGGUCUGAGGUAGGGACCAUGGGUCAGGGGUCAUGGGGUCGUAGUGUCAUAUGUUUCGUAGACUUUAAAGUUUAAGUUUUUUUUUCUUCCUAUACACUAAUAUCUCUAAUGGAUUACAUCACAUGGGCGUCGAAUCUGACCGAAGUUCUGCAGUCAGGAACGAGUUUCAAUCCUUCAUUGUUCUUCUAGACCAAAGAGAGAGAGAGAGAGGAAUUAUCCCAUUGGAAAACUUUGACCCCACGUAGAUAUAUCAGCGCCCACCUUUGCAUCCAGUGUAUUUGAAGUCACAGCGCACACCGCAGAUUUGACCGGUCAAUAAGUGUAAACAAAGUUUCAUUCAAAGAUUCUUUACUAACAUCAAUAUAUCUGUUGUCAUAAGAAAUCAAAUAGCUCUCAAAUAAUUCAUCGCGUAGAAGUAAGCGUAUAUUUAUUAAGACGUAGGUUGUAUGUUGUCAUCAAACAUGAACGAUCUUACUACAAGAAUCUCUUUCAGUGUCUUUUGGAUCCCAAUAAUGGAGACAUCGCAAGGCGGACAACUCUGGACAUAUCUACAAACAAUUUCAUCGUGCAUUUCUCCCCCCUGGGUCUGGGUGUUUCUUCUUGCCCUGUUCUGGCGGAGAACCACAGAAGCGGUGAGUGAGUAAAAGUGGUGAGGUUCUUGGGGUAUUCACUUUCUUUAUUCUUGUCAAUAUUUAAACAAUAUGAAAAACAGGAAUAUAAAGUCCUAAAAACAGACAGGCGUGCUGUGCUUUGUUUUAAUGAAAGUUUGGAAUCUAACAAAAAAAAGUUAUCAAGCUCUUCAAACAAACUUUUUUAACAAACUCGUUUGUUCUGAGAACCAUUGAUCCUUUACCAAAUCAUGACCUACCCUUUAGAAGAGAUGCAUCCCACUCAAUGCUUCUCAGCUUCCAUCUAUGGUUCAAAGGUGACAAGUGUCAACAUCAACAAGAAUCAAAGCUGACAAGAGUCAACAUCAACAAGAAUCAAAGCUGACAAGAGUCAACAUCAACAAGAACCAAAGCUGACAAGAGUCAACAUCAACAAGAAUCAAAGCUGACAAGAGUCAACAUCAACAAGAAUCAAAGCUUACAAGAUAAAGUCCUAAAACAGACACAGGGAUCAACAAGAAUCAAAGUUGAAACGAGUCAACAUCAACAGGAAUAAAAGUUUACAAGGGUCAACAUCAACACAGAUCCAAAAUCCAAAGUUGACCAGGGUAAACGGUGCUCUCUUCCUUCAAAAAACGUGCACUUACAAAGGUUCCCCCACUGUAUUUUCAACAGGGUGCAUUCUGGGGUCUCAUAGUAGGUCAGAUUGUUGGUCUCAUUCGUAUGGUCAUACAGUUCACCUACACGGCCCCGAGCUGUGGCAGCUUUGAGUCGGACACGCGACCGGCAGUUCUGAAAAAAGUCCAUUUCUUACAUUUCGCCAUCAUCCUGUCCGGCGUGACCAUCAUUACCACCGUGGUCAUCUCACUGUUCACCACUCCGAGGCCACCGGAAAAGGUUAGUGAACUAUUCCGUUGAUAUAAGAAUGCUUUAAAAAAAUAAAAUAAAACUGCAGUCAUUGAGAUGUUUUCAAUGGAAUAAUAAUUGCAGGGGUUCAAUGGUUUUCCCUACGUGGUCAUACUCCGCGUAGUUUCAUAGCUUUUAAUAUCUGUUUAAAAGUAACACAAAAAAUAUAAUAUAAUAGGUUGGGAAGGAAGAAAAUAACAAAAAAAUGGGAAUUCGACUAUAGAUUACAACUUGGCAUUAGAUAUCACUUUCUCUUUUAUUGAUGACCCUUCCCCCACCCCCUCCCCAGCUUCGUCGUGUUACGUGGUGGACAAGAAAUGACCCCCUUGACCCCGAGGAAACAGAAUCUGAAGAUGAUUUUGGCGUGGAGGAGGAGGAAGACGAUAAUGACAAGGUCAAACGUACGCAUUUUAUGAGAAAUUGUCGGCCAGUUUAAACACUUGACACUUAGUGGGGAAUAGAGUGUUAGGGCCUGUUUAAAACGGACGCUUAGUGGGAAAUAGAGUGUUACGACACGUUUAAACACUUGACACUUAGUAGGAAAUGGAGUGUUACGACACGUUUAAACACUUGACACUUACUAAGAAAUGGAGUGUUACGACACGUUUAAACACUGACACUUAGUAAGAAAUGGAGUGCUACGGGCAGUUUAAACAUUGCCAAUUAAGUAGGGAAUAGAGUGUCACCACCAGUUUAAACACUGACACUUAGUAGGAAAUAGAGUGUUACGACCAGUUUAAACACUGACACUUAGUAGGAAAUAGAGUGUUACGACCAGUUUAAACACUGGCGUUCGGUAGGAAACUGAAGUAUAAAGAAGAAAAUCAACUGAAUAGGAUUACCAUGAAAGUUUAAUUUUAAUGUCCUGUAAACUAGUAUAAGAAAGGCCAAUACUUGACGUAAAGGAAGCAGCAUUUUCCUUUUCUUUACACUCAGUCAGAUAUAGACUUAUUAGAUUAUUAGUGGUCCUGCUUACAGUGUUACACUCCUUCAGAUAUAGAAUUAUUAUAUUAUUAGUGGUCCUGCUUUAGAAUUAUUAGAUUAUUAGUGGUCCUGCUUUAGAAUUAUUAGAUUAUUAGUGGUCCUGCUUACAGUGUAUCAUUCCUUCAGAUAUAGAAUUAUUAGAUUAUUAGUGGUCCUGCUUACAGUGUUACUCUCACUCCCAUAUAGACUUAUUAGAUUAUUAGUGGUCCUGCUUACAGUGUUUUGUAACAAACUUUGUCCUUUAAAAAAUAUUUUCGCUCGUAACCUUUAACAGUUUGACCAGUGAUUCUCAAACUUCCUAAUGCUGUGACUCUUUAAUACAGUUCCUCAUGUUGUGAUGACCCCUAACCAUGAAAUGUGUUGCUGCUUCAUAAAUAUUUUAUUUCCAACGGUCUUAGUCGACUCCUUUGUAAGGGAGGUUCGGCCCCCCCCCCCCCAAGGGGUCGCAACCCCAGAGGUUAAGAACCACUGGUUCAGAAAAUUUUUUAUUUCCAACGGUCUUAGUCGACUCCUUUGUAAGGGAGGUUCCCCCCCCCCCCCCCAAGGGGUCGCAACCCCAGAGGUUAAGAACCACUGGUUCAGACGGUUUAGCAGUAGACCUUCAAUUCACUUCUAGGCUUUUUUUGUUGUGUUUACUAUACGUUGGUUUUAUUUAUACCAGUUGCAAUGGUGUCCACGAAGAAAAGAUUCGGCCGCUUGGUCUACAACUGGAUGUGUGGUAUAGACGAUCGUCCCAGGCCGAAGCUCACGACAGAGGACAAAGUAGCCAUCAAGAAGAAAAUGAAAGACAUCGAAGAGGAGCCACGGGCCAAGAUGAUUUGUGCGAUCGCCGCCGUCACAGUGGCUGGAACUACGACAUUUUUGUUGGGAUUUUUCUACUAGUUCCCAUCUCAUUGUGCGUGGAAUGAAAGAACAAGGAACA